AAACUGGAUCCGGAGGAAAUCUUCACCAAACACGAGCGCAUUGGGCGCGGCUCGUUCGGUGAAGUCUACAAAGGCAUCGACCGACGAACAUCUCAGGUGGUUGCCAUCAAGAUAAUUGAUCUGGAGCAGGCUGAGGAUGAAAUUGAGGACAUUCAGCAGGAAAUUCAGGUACUCAGCCAGUGUGAUUCACCUUACGUGACAAAGUAUUACGGCAGCUAUUUAAAGGGAUCGAAGUUAUGGAUUAUUAUGGAAUACCUGGGUGGUGGAUCUGCGUUAGAUCUCACAAAAAGUGGUCGAUUGGAUGAAAAUCAUAUUGCUGUUAUUCUUCGGGAGAUACUCAAAGGACUGGACUACCUUCAUAGUGAGCGUAAGAUACAUCGCGAUAUCAAAGCCGCCAACGUGUUGGUCAGUGAACAAGGAGAUGUGAAGGUAGCAGAUUUCGGUGUUGCCGGUCAGCUGACAGAGACAGUAAAAAAGCGGAUCACCUUUGUCGGAUCGCCGUUUUGGAUGGCACCUGAGCUCAUCAAGCAGGCUAGCUAUGACUACAAGGCCGAUAUCUGGUCGCUUGGAAUCACUGCUAUUGAGUUAGCGCAAGGUGAACCACCUCACUCAGACCUCCAUCCGAUGCGGGUGCUUUUUUUGAUCCCUAAAAAUCCGCCACCACAACUCUCCGGGCCGCAGUGGUCACGUUCGUUCAAGGACUUUGUUGAGCUUUGCCUAAACAAAGACCCGGAUAAUAGGCCAUCUGCAAGCAGUUUAUUGAAACAUCCGUUCAUUAAAAAGGCGAAAAAGAAUGGCAUAUUAGUUGAGCUGAUAGAGCGAGCACGAGAAUAUCGGUCUCGAACUGGUGUGUCCUCCGACAGUGACCUUGACGAAGACUCCGACGGUGGCGGAGGCUCAAAUAGUUGGGAUUAUCCAACAGUACGAGGCCCAGCCAGCGAUCGAACUGAAGGGAGAAGGGAUGAUCGUGAUGAGACGGUGAGGCAGCGUGACCGGCCGGUGCGUCCCAGUAUAGCGGAACGGACGCAGGUGUCAGUAAACGACGAUUACGACAAUAGUCCCGGUGGCACUAUUGUUAGAUCAAAUGCAACGGUACUAGCAGUGGCGGACCAACUGCGAGGUACUUCCCUAACGUCAUCUGUGAGCAGUGCUAAUGGUGGAAGUGCUGGUCGAGUAUCGAACACUUACGCGCCCACAACAAUAACAGUUGCUAGCCCUCCAUCGAGUCCGAACCUUCCCCGUCGAGCACCUCAGCACACCCAUUCUCCUUCAUCGUCUUCAUCACGAGCACAGGAUCGGCAGCGGCCAUCAGCGCCAAAUGCACGAAGCCAUCACCCAUCAUCAUUUCACGCUAUGGAGAAUGGUGGACGCGAAUAUGGCGGAAGCGGAGGAAGGAGUAAUCGGCUUGAGGCUGAACGUGAACGACAAACGGGUUCAGGAGGUCGAAAUGGCUAUCCCAGUUCUGUUCAUGUUUCGGCACAUCAUGAAAGAGCUCCGUCGCCCCGCCGAAGGACCCCUGGCGCUCUUGAGUACAGUCUGUUGCCAGCCCUGGAGGGGAUGUCACGCACGCGUCACGCUACAGCUGAGCUUGACGCUCUUGCUAAUGCCUUUCGCCACGCAGAGGAGGUCUGUCCGGGUAUAUGUAAUGAGCUAGUCGAAGAGAUUCUGACGCGACUGUCGCAUCCCCAAGUGAAUCAGAGUGAUUUGAGGCGAGCGGUGCAGAGAUUGACGACACGUCAGAGCUGA